AUGGCCACAGAAGACAACAUGACGGACUCUAGGCAGGCUGUGUCAGAUCAUGCUUUUUCAGAUCCCGACAACUCUACCCCAAAGCCGCGCAGCUUACUCCAACUCUCGAUCGUGUUGACAUCACUCUGUGCAGCGGUGUUUGUGGCAGCCCUCGACAUCACGAUCAUCACAACGUCUUUGCCAUCUAUCGCGGGCCAUUUUCACUCAAGUUCCGCGUAUACAUGGAUCGGAAGUUCCUAUGUUCUGGCCAACAGUGCCACUAUCCCUUCUUGGGGGAAAUUGUCAGAUAUUUGGGGCCGUAAGCCGCUGCUUCUGAUUGCGCUGGUCAUUUUCUUCGUGGGGAGUUUAGUAUGCGCCGUUGUUGAAACCAUGCCGUUGUUUCUUUUUGGUCGUGCCGUCCAGGGUCUGGGAGCUGCAGGCUUACUGACACUAGUGAACAUAUGCAUCUGUGACUUGUUCUCAAUGAGGGAUAGGGGGUUAUAUUUUGGUCUAAUUUCUGUUGUAUGGGCCCUCGCAUGUGGAGUUGCACCAGUACUUGGAGGUCUGUUAACUGAAAGAGCAUCUUGGCGUUGGUGUUUCUGGAUCAAUUUGCCCGUAUCUGCUCUGGUAUUCAUUCUCCUGGCUUUUACUCUCAAGCUCGACACGCCUCAUACCCCUAUAUGGGAGGGUCUAAAAGCAGUUGAUUGGACCGGAAGCCUUUUCAUAGUCGGCAGCACAAUCAUGCUACUUCUUGGCCUUGAUUUUGGAGGCGUCACCCACCCCUGGGACUCGGCGACGGUAAUAUGCCUGAUUGUCUUCAGUGCGGUAUCCAUCUUUUUAUUCAUGGUGAAUGAAUGGAAGUUGGUCAAAUACCCUAUUAUCCCACUAUCGCUCUUCCGAGAUCGUUCAGGAAUUGCCUCCUUCCUCGUCUGUUUCUGCCAUGGAUUUAUCUUCAUGGGCGAAGCCUACUACCUACCACUCUAUUUCCAGGCCGUUCUUGGCGCAAGUCCGAUCAUGUCUGGGGUUUAUCUAUUACCUCUGGUCCUAUCUAUUUCGUUAUUUGGCGCAUUAACAGGGCUCUUCAUUCAAAAGACAGGGAAGUACGUGCCUGCGAUCUGGCUAGGGUUGGUACUCUUAGCACUGGGCUCCGGUCUACUUAUCAACUUGGAACCCACACCUAAUUGGGGUAAAAUAAUUGGGUUUCAAGUGAUCUCCGGUGCAGGUGUGGGUCUUAACUUCGAAGGGCCACUGUUAGCAUUACAAGCGAUCGUUGGCACAGAAAAUACGGCCACGGCAACCGCAUCUAUUGGCUUCGUGAGAAGUCUUUCCACUGCUGUUUCAGCGGUCAUUGGAGCAGUUGUGUUCCAAAAUAAAAUGGCUCAGCAAGGUCCAAGGUUAGUUGCGGUCCUAGGCGAAAGUUUGGCCAGCCAGCUAUCAGAUGGUAGUGCUACCGCUAGUAUAGAGCUUAUCAACGCUCUCCCCGCAGUACAGAAAGUGGCGGCGCAACUGGCAUUUUAUGAAUCUUUACAAGCAAUGUGGAUCAUGUAUGUUGCUUUUGCCGCGGUCGGCCUCGUUGCCAGCCUUUUCGUGGACGCACAUCACCUUUCUAAGGAACAUAAAACCGUCACUCUUGGGUUGCGUGAUAUGAAUUCAGAUCGUGUGGCGCCCCAGUCAACUCAAUCUGGACAUACACAGGGACAAUAG